AUGAGACGGCUCAAGCAGAAUGCCGAGCAGCUGGGGAACUACAAGUCGCGCCAUGAGAGCGGCCUGCCACCCCAACGUGGGCCAGCAAUCAGUCCUCAGCCUACCAUGCAGCACCAUGCACUUCCUGAGCCACCGUUCAUCGUACCAGUAGUCCGCGAGGCACUGUUGCAGAGUGAAUACCAGGAUCGCAUCCUCGUCGUUCCAGGAGAAGCCGAUAACUUCUGCGUAGCAGCAGCUCGCCAGCUGAACAGGGACAAUGAGAGCAAUAAGAUUACCAUUCUCACAAACGAUUCCGACUUGGCCGUAUUUGAGUCUGGCGCACGAACACGUAUAGCUAUGUUACACAGCUUGGCAAUCACGGAGAACAACACUCUAAUCACUUCCAGCUACUGGCCGGCGAAGAUAGCCAAGAGUAUAAAGCAACCCGAUCUUUUACAAAUGGCAUAUCAAUUGCAGCAAGACACUCAUGUCAGUGUUGCAAGAGUGCAAGCACGAAUCGAGCAUAAUGGCUCGGCAACAGGUCGCGCCUAUCAAGAUUUCACAGACCAAUAUAGCGUGGAAUCUGAACAGGUGAUGCUGGAGAAGCUGCAGAAGGAUGCAAAGUAUCGUCUGCCGCUAUUGGGACUUGACGCACGACUAGCCGAACUGAUAUGCCAGUCUCGAGACCAAGUCAACACAUCAAGCCAGCUCGAAGUCUACCUACCAUUCCUGAUUGACGAACCGAGCCGGGCAUCUGCAUGGCAUAUCGGCACUCGUCCGCGCGACGCGGCGUACACCCUCGUGCUAGGUCACCACAAACGUCAGAAGAACAGUGUCCUAGAAUACAAACGAGCCGGUGACAACAUUGCUGCCCGCAAGAUCUCCUGUCUCGACACUGCGGACCUACCAUCAGAGUGUAGUGCACUUCAUGCUUCUCUCGAGCAUACUCUCGAGGACGAACGCAUGCUGUCUUCUUUGCAAGAGCGGUGGCGGUAUGCGGUAGUGCAGACGUUACUUUGGAAUCUGGUUGAGCUCGACCAGCCCAUGCCGGAACCGGACGAUCUCCUGAAUGUGGUGCUCGGGCGUGCAGAGACUGCAUGGUCACAGGUUCGACUUACAGCGCAAUAUCAAGCGUGCUACUACUCUCUUCGAUUGCUUCGUCAGGCGCUACGAUACGUGAAGUGCGUUGGCGACCUUACAGACAUCAUCGACGAUGAGCACCAGAGUGCCGAACGUCUGCUAGAGUUGCUGGACACCUUGCCUGGUAUAGCAGAUUUUAUUAUAUCUUCGCAUGUAUCAGACGGGACUACCGAGUCAACGACACUCUGGCUUGAGCUUCUCAGCGCAUGCGUUGCUGAGAUAGGUGCUCAGGGCGACAGGCCUGUCGAAUCAUCUCGCCCGAGCAAGAAGCGGAAGACGAAGAAGUCGAAGACUGUCGCAGAGUCUCGACCUCAAGCACGGACUAUUGUACCGCGCUCAAGCAAUACCUUCGCCAUGCUCGACAUUUGA